AUGUCGACCACUGACAACUUCUCCGCGCUCGUGGACUCGAAACCGCGCGACGAGACCAGCGCUAUCGAAGGCAGUGUGACCAAUUCUUCCGCAGAAGCAACUCAAUGCCAGGAUGUCGAACGCCAUGCGGUGGACACUGUGCUGUCCGAGAAGCAGGAGAUGGAGACAACAGUUCGGGAUCCCGAUAUCGUCGGCUGGGAUGGCCCCGAUGACCCUGAGAAUCCGUUGAACUGGUCCGGGAGGAAGAAGGUGGUCGCAACGGCGACUAUCUCACUCAUCACACUUCUCACACCCCUGGGUUCGUCCAUGUUCGCACCAGGUGUACCCGAAGUUAUGGCGGACUUUCACUCUACGAACUUGGAGAUUGCGUCGUUUGUGGUUUCUGUAUAUUUGCUGGGCUACUGCUUCGGUCCGCUUCUCAUUGCUCCUGUGUCAGAGAUGUAUGGACGAAUGAUAAUCUACAAUGUCUGCAAUAUCCUGUACGUCGUGUUCACAGUCGCCUGUGCCGUCGCGCCCGACAUGGCCAGCUUGAUUGUCUUCCGUCUUUUUGCCGGCAUAGCUGGCAGUUCACCCUUGACAAUCGGUGCCGGUUCCAUCUCAGACAUGUUUCGGCAGGAAAAGAGAGGUGCCGCGAUGGCGGCAUGGGCAUUAGGUCCACUGCUUGGUCCAGUUAUUGGACCAGUGGCGGGUGGUUAUUUGGCCCAAGCCAAGGGAUGGAGGUGGACAUUCUGGGUACUUGCCAUAGCAAGCGGUGCUGUUGCAAUCAACACAUUCGUCUUUAUGCGCGAAUCAUACGCCCCUACCAUUCUGCAGCGAAAGACGAACCGCCUGCGCAAGGAAACCGGAAACCCCAAUCUCAGAUCGGCUCUGGAUACUGGCCGUUCACCAAAGGAACUUUUCCUUUUCUCCAUUGUGCGACCAACAAAGAUGCUCUUUCUAUCACCAAUCGUGUUUCUUCUAUCGCUUUACACUGCCGUAAUCUAUGGUUAUCUUUACCUUCUGUUUACAACCAUGACAGAGGUCUUCGAAGACAAUUACGGUUUCUCCCAGGGGAGUGUCGGCUUAGCGUACUUAGGCAUUGGUAUCGGAUCCAUCACGGGUCUGGUGAUGCUGGGUGUAAUUUCGGACCGUCUUUUGAAGUAUCUCACUGAAAAGAAUGGCGGCGUUUCCAAACCAGAAUACCGUCUGCCCCCUAUGAUACCCGGAGCGCUUUUCGUUCCAUUGUCGCUCUUCUGGUACGGGUGGACAGCAGAGAAGCAUGACCACUGGAUCCUGCCAAUCAUUGGCACGGCCUUCCUGGGAGUGGGAAUGCUCAGCGCCUUUAUGACGGUCUCUACAUAUCUUGUUGACGCUUACACCAUACACGCCGCUUCUGCCAUGGCCGCGAACACUGUAUUCCGCUCAUUGGCAGGCGCUGUACUUCCACUCGCCGGAGGUAAGAUGUAUGCAACCCUCGGCCUUGGAUGGGGCAACUCGCUGCUUGGCUUCAUCGCACUGGCAAUGAGCCCACUGCCCUUCGUAUUUUACAAAUAUGGCGAGCGCAUCCGGACUAGUAAACGGUUCCGAGUACAGUUUUAG